UUCCAAACAAAAUUUCUCUAUAAAAAAUCUUAGUCAUGACUAUCAACGAAUCCAUUAAUGGGGUAACGAUUUCUGCUGUGAUUCUUGAUUUGGAUGGUACCCUUUUGGAUACAGAAAUUGCGACAAGAUGUGUUUUGAGAGAUUAUUUGGCGAGUUAUGGGAAAGUUUUGAUUACUGAUAAAGAGCAUGGGAGAGUGGGAAGAACUCAGAAGGAAUCAGCUGUUGCAAUUGUUAAGAAUUAUGAUCUUCCUCUAACUCCUGAUCAAUUUAUUGCUGAAAUUACUCCUUUGUAUCGUUCUAAGUGGAAAGAUGCCAAAGCACUUCCUGGUGCCAAUCGCCUUAUCCAACAUCUCCAUAAGCAUCAGAUCCCAUUUGCUCUUGCCUCAAACUCACUACAAGAAUACAUAGAAGCCAAAAUUUCUUAUCAAAAAGGUGAGAAAUUUCUAUGACCAAAGAUGAUCCAU